AUGGAUGACUUAAAACUAUUUUGUCUUGUUCAAGGAAACGCAAUUGCUCAAGCUUUUCCUUUAAGUAUCAACAGAAAUGAAAAUAUUGGUCAACUCAAGAAAGCUAUUAAAGCGAAAAAAAUUCCUGAAUUUAAUUUUUUCGAUGCGGAUAGGCUUAAGAUAUGGAAGGUUCAAAUUCGCGCUGAUAAUGAUAAGGAGCCAAAUAAACUUACACUCCAUAACAACGAUCAACUUCUCGCAAGUAGGAAGAUUAGUAGUUAUUUCACUGACAAACCGCUCGACAAGCACAUUCACAUCGUUGUCAAACCACCUAAGCUGAUACAUAUUAGUCUUAACCUUGUACUUGAGGUGGGACUUUUGAACGAAGGAGGAAGUGUAGAAUAUCUAGGCAGAGAUCGUAUUUAUAAAGCAACGUUACGCGAGAGUUGUCUCUGUACCAAAGAUGGAAAAUAUUCUUCGUUUAUAGAAUUUAUACGAGUAGCAAGGAGAUUAAAACCAGAUGAAACACCUAUCCCUUAUGAUUUCCACAGCCUAAGAAUCAACAAUAUGACUUAUCAGGAAGUCCGAGAUAAAAUCUAUAAGUUUGUUUCUUACAAAUACGAAGACAGUCUCUUCAUCGAUCAUUUUUCAAUCCCUUGGGACGAUGAUCUUGAGAAUCGCCUCCGCCAGCUACAUUCGGAGAAAGACGUCGUGGAAAUAUUCUGGGGUCGAAGUCUUAAAGAAGACGAGGCAACUUGGCGUGUCUACGUGAUUUGUCGCAGUAUUUCUUACCUACGCAAAAAAAGGACUGAGACUGUCAUGGAAGAUCAAAUGAUUCGUUUCAGAACAAUAGACGAAGGGCUUUCUAAUGCUGAAAUUCGACAACGAAUUCUCCUCGAUUCACAAUCAAGGGAGAUCCCAAAAAAAUUGCAGAAAGCUUUUGAUGAAGCCUUAGAUAAUGAGCUGGGGCAAUCUUUCCGUGAAAUGCACUAUAAUCUGGUCGGCAUGAGCACCGGUUAUAAGCGAAUUCAAAAAAAGCUUACUAAAAUCCCUGCUAUCAUACUAUAUGUUCGCCAGAAGGGCAUUCUGCGUCGUGGGUGUGACAAAUUUCCGAAUCAAAUUCGUGGGUAUCCAGUAGACGUUGUUGAGGCUCGUUCUGCAAUCCCCUAUGGUUAUGGUGUUACUUCUUGUCAAACUUAUAAGAAUGGUGUUAGUUUAGGAUCGAGCAUAGGAAUAACUGAAUCUCAGGGAACGUCUGGAACCCUCAGCGCUGUCGUACGUGAUAAAAAAUCAGAACAAACAGGCAUCCUCUCAUGUGAGCAUGUAUGUAGGUUUUGUGAAUCGAGUACUGGAAUGGGUGUUAUAAUCCAUCAACCUUCGCACAAAGAUUUAGAUAAUUUAAUACAGAAAUUUGAUGAAUUGGGAUAUGCAAAUCCAGCAUUCAAAAAAAUUUUAGAAGAUCCGCAUAAUAUUAGUAUGAUCAAUGAGGUCAGGCAGAAUUCGGCUCUAGCAUGCUAUGAGCGUGGUAUGAGAAGAAACUUCUUCUCUAAAGUACAUCAGAAGAACUUUGGCGUUGAUACUGCAUUUUGUAUUUCCAAAAACUCCAAUCGUACAUUAUGCCCAAACAAAUUUGCAAUUCCCAAAGAUCUCUUCGAAAAGGCAAAUCUUCCUGAAGAUACCUUAGGAAGAGCUACGGGCCUUACUCUUGGAAAAUUGGUUCCUAUUGACUCUGCUAUUUCCAUUGAUCUAACAAAUGAAAGCAUAAAAUUUGCAGAAGAGCAAGGAGGGCAAGGCCAAAUUCCUCUCCGUAAUAACAAUGAUCUCAUCGGAUACAUGAAAUCACCAUUGAUCCAAGAAAUCGAUAAAAAGUGUCAGAAGUGUUAUCCUACCGUAUGGUUUGACCGACAAUUGAUAUUUAAAUUCAAUUAUGAAGACUUUAGGCCUGGAGACUCGGGAGCGAGUGUUAUGGACAAAGGAGGAAAAGCUCUUGGUAUCCUUCAUGCACUAUGGAUAACAGACAAUUUCAGAUACGCCAUUGCCUCUCCUUACUUUGCUGUUUUUGAAGCACUGGAUGUAGUAGAAAUUUAA